AGAAGUAGAGGGAGAUGAAACUGUGAAAAUGAAAAGUAGAGGGAAGAGAAGCUUUUAGUGGCGGGGCCAGUGAAGAAGCUUUUAGUCCGUGAGCUCACGUUGUCGAGGGAGGAUUAUGACUUGGCAACAAUGGUUAUGGUGGAUUUGACGAACAAGGUCUUGGCUUGGCUCAAUGGAGUCAAUGCAGACUACACUGAGCUAUAUAACGCUGUCAGAGAUCUCCUCUCUUGCCAGCACGCUGAACUCUCCUCCGUCGAGAUCGAACUCCGAACUCGCCAAAAUGACGAAACUGAAGCCGUUUUGUCUGGCGAUGAGCUUCGAGCUCGAUCGAGAGAAGCGACUGAAGUGCUGGCUAGAUCCGAAGCAGAGUAUAUGAAAGCUACGGGGCCACUUAGUUUGUUGAAAGAUAAGAUCUCGGAGACUCGAGAGGUGUUGCGAAAGCUCGAGGAGGAAUCGAAUGAGAAAGAGAGGGAGGUCGAUGUUUUGUAUGUAAAAUGGAAGAGUUGCCUCCAUUCUCACAUUGCCAUUAAGAAUGAAGAGCGAGAGUUUGAUGGGCAAUUGUUUGAAAAGCAUAGGAACCUUGAAGAGACCCAACAGCGUUUCGAUGAGGUCGAGGCUGGCGUUCGACAGUCGAUAAAGGCUCUGUUGUCAAUUCUCUGCUAAAGCAAUGUUGGUGGUGAUAACUGAUGGACGACAGCUUGGCUUCAGCAGCUACUAGUACUACCAUGUUUUUGAUUGCUCUUUUGAUAGGGAGAAGCCAACUUAUGAUAAUAUCUAUGUCUGCUAUCUUUGUAUAUUAAUAUAUAACUCACCAAAAGAUCUUGGAUGGUACAGAGGCUUCUCUUUACCAUGCUUGAACUGGGAGAUGUUGAACAUAUAACAACUUUUUGUAGCCCCUCUUUUUGUUAAUACAAUCUCUAACUGUUAGUCUC